AUGGGUUCUCCGAGAAAAUCCGACAAGAAGGCCGCCUUAGACUUUGCAGCAUGGGGUUUCAAUAUCACCUCAUCCGUUGGGAUCAUCAUGGUCAACAAAGCCUUAAUGGCUACACAUGGAUUCAGUUUUGCCACAACAUUAACUGGCCUUCAUUUAUUGACAACGACCUUGAUGACUAUUGUGUUUCGGUGGUUAGGCCUGAGCCAGCCCUCUCACUUACCGCUACCAGAUCUGAUUAAGUUUGUAAUCUUUUCAAAUUUGUCGAUCGUUGGCAUGAAUGUGAGCUUGAUGUGGAAUUCUGUGGGGUUUUAUCAGAUAGCAAAGCUGUGCAUGAUACCCGCAUCAUGUCUUCUGGAAGUUGUCUUUGAUCGUGUACAUUAUUCACGGGACACAAAGCUGAGCAUAAUGGUUGUACUUAUAGGCGUUGCAGUUUGCACUGUUACUGAUGUCAGUGUGAAUGCAAAAGGCAUGCUUGCAGCUGUUAUAGCUGUCUGGAGUACAGCUUUCCAACAAUAUUAUGUUCAUUAUCUGCAGCGGAAGUACUCUCUGAACUCAUUCAAUCUCCUAGGCCACACUGCUCCAGCCCAAGCAGGUUCCCUCCUGUUAGUAGGGCCCUUUGUGGAUUUCUUGUUGACUGGCAAAAGGGUGGAUCACUUCAAUUUCACAUCGCUUUCUCUGUUAUUCGUCGUACUCUCAUGCAUCAUCGCCAUCGGCGUUAAUCUGAGCCAGUUCAUCUGCAUCGGCCGGUUCUCUGCUGUAUCUUUCCAAGUCUUAGGCCACAUGAAGACUGUGCUGGUCCUCUUCCUUGGCUUUCUCUUCUUUGGCAAGGAGGGCCUGAACCUACACGUAGUCCUUGGGAUGAUCCUUGCUGUUCUUGGAAUGAUGUGUGCGUGCAUAUUUUUUCCCUUGAGGUUUCUGGUGACACACAACACAUCGAAGGAAGACAGUCUGGUAUUGUUCUUGAUAGAGGUUACUACAGAAGCUGAACCUUACCCCACCUAG